UGUGUGACAUCUUUCAAGAAUGGCAGUGCGAAGACUAAACACUUCGUUGUAAAAAUCUGCGUCAGAUUGACGGUGUUGUGAGUCAAAAUUGGGUGAGAAGUUUGUUUACAAUUUUUAGAUGUAAAAAAUCAUGCUGGGAGAGCCAAGCAUAACAGAUGAGUUGCAGACCUUGAAGAAAAGGCUGAAGUCAUGGGAAGCAGAGUUUACCUCCAAAGAGGGAUACAAACCAGGAAAGGAUGAUAUUGAGAAUGGCCCAGUAGAAGUGAAAGAUGCCUACCAGCAAUAUAAAAAAUUAAAAAGACAGCAAGAGCAGACCAAAUCAGCAGCAGCAGAUGAUGUUUGGGGUCCUAAUUGUAACAAGACUAAACCUCUCAAGGACUCCGCAAAAUCUUCAGCUAUCACAAAGUGUGGAGAUUCAGUAAUGGACAAAAUAGGAAUGAAACUGAAAGCUGCUGCACUAAUUCAGACAAAGAAGCUUCCUGCAGUAAGGCAGGAUACACCAAAACCAGUUAGAAAUACGAGAAAAGUCUCUGUGUUCAAAGCAAAUUCCCAAGACAGGUGUGACAGAGAUCAUGAUAUUGCAGAGAAAAAGAAUACAUAUGGCAAUAAAACUCAACCACCUCCCAAUGAAAAUAUAAAAGACAAUGCACAGGGGGAGAAGUUAUCCUGUGAUUCUCCAAAAUCUGGAAUAUUUUCAAAAGCUCUUCAGUUGUCAAAGUUUGGCCAUAGUGUAGCGACACCAGGGGGAAAAAGAAACCAUGAUGAGGCGCCAUCUUUUGUCAGACCCUCUCUGGUUCACAAGCGGGCAUCGUUGCCCCCAGGGUGGCAUGCCAACGCUGACAGUUUGGUGAAAGAGCCAGAAAUAUCACCAUCAUCCUCAAGAAGUCCCAGUAGAGGUAAUAUAAUUGGUACUGAGAAAAGUUUUGAAGGUGAGGCAAGGGACAGUGAACUGAAUAAAAAGUCUUGGAGAAGGCUUGAUCAAAUGGGUAUGCAUGAUGUUCCAAGCCAGGAUCAACAGGGAAAAGAAAGUGUCACCAUGAAUAUGCCCCCAUUAGAAAAGGAGACUCAUUUUGAAGAACGUUCCAGCACUUCAAAGGAAAUGAAAGCACAGACCUUGGUUUCAUUACAAAAAGAAUUAUCCACAGAGAGGACAGAUGUGCCUUUCUCUGACCUCGUACACACUGCCAGGGGGGUUGCUUGGGAACCAAUAUGUGAUAAAAGAAGAAACAAAGUAUCAUCUGAGGAUAAAAAAAAUAUCCCUGAUAAUUUGGAUCAAAGUUCUGAAAACGGUUUGAACAGUGCUGUUAUUGAUAAGAAUGAAGAUAGUAGGAACAAUGGUUGUUUACAGAACAAUGCAGCUCCAUCUGGGUCUAAGAGAAAGAGACAACCAAGUAAAGUUAUGAAUGAUGAUGUUGAUGCAAAAUCUUCAAGAAGUGAGCAGUGGAGAGAAGAGAAUGGGAAUAGUGAAAAUGACCAAGAUCUUUCUGAAGAAGAGGAAAUAAAACCAAAGAAGAGGAAAGUGACAAAAGCUAGGACAAUAGCUCCAAAGCCCAUAUCCUCAGAAAACUUUGUCAGGCUAAACAUGAAGGUGAAGAAAUUCUCCAAAAAAUCCAAGCUGAACUUCAAGCAAUACAAACGUCAACAGUGGAAGAAGAAAGUUGGCGAGCGAAGUAAAAGUUAUGGAAAUAAAUGUUUCAAAUGUGGUCAAGAGGGCCACUGGGCUAACAAGUGUCCCAAUAAAGGGAACAGUUUUGGUGCACCAAAAGAGGAGGCAGAUGAUGGAUUUGAUGCCAGUGAUUUUCCCAGUCUGAGAGAGGCAGCUAUGAUGGCAAGGGGAAUUAAACCUUCGGAUAGAACACAGGACGGCAAAGAAGAAACCUCAACAAAAGAAAGAGGCACUGGAAAAGCUCCAAACAAAGCUCCAAACAGAACACAAGAUGGAGGCACCGUCCAAGAAGAGCCUCCCUCUGUGCCAGACAUAAGUGCUGUUGAACUUGAGGAUGAGAUGGUGGUGAGAGUAACCAGAGAGUCGCUGCCAUCCAGGCCCUCCAUGGAGCCUUACUACCAGCCGAACAGUGACGGCUCACCACAUGGUGAGAUGUUCUACAUCUGUCUUAACCAUUGUGAUAAUACCCAUAGUCAUUNAACAAAUAGUGAAAAUGACCAAGAUCUUUCUGAAGAAGAGGAAAUAAAACCAAAGAAGAGAAAAGUGACAAAAGCUAGGACAAUAGCUCCAAAGCCCAUAUCCUCAGAAAACUUUGUCAGGCUAAACAUGAAGGUGAAGAAAUUCUCCAAAAAAUCCAAGCUGAACUUCAAGCAAUACAAACGUCAACAGUGGAAGAAGAAAGUUGGCGAGCGAAGUAAAAGUUAUGGAAAUAAAUGUUUCAAAUGUGGUCAAGAGGGCCACUGGGCUAACAAGUGUCCCAAUAAAGGGAACAGUUUUGGUGCACCAAAAGAGGAGGCAGAUGAUGGAUUUGAUGCCAGUGAUUUUCCCAGUCUGAGAGAGGCAGCUAUGAUGGCAAGGGGAAUUAAACCUUCGGAUAGAACACAGGACGGCAAAGAAGAAACCUCAACAAAAGAAAGAGGCACUGGAAAAGCUCCAAACAAAGCUCCAAACAGAACACAAGAUGGAGGCACCGUCCAAGAAGAGCCUCCCUCUGUGCCAGACAUAAGUGCUGUUGAACUUGAGGAUGAGAUGGUGGUGAGAGUAACCAGAGAGUCGCUGCCAUCCAGGCCCUCCAUGGAGCCUUACUACCAGCCGAACAGUGACGGCUCACCACAUGCUGUGACCAAGGAUGUAUACAAAGCCUUGAACAAAUUUGGCUACACAGCUUUUAGACCUGGUCAGGAAGAAGCCAUUACCAGGAUUCUCUCAGGUCUGUCUACCCUGGUAGUACUCUCUACAGGUGCUGGCAAGUCCCUGUGUUAUCAGCUGCCAGCCUAUAUGUAUGCUCAGAAGACUAAAAGUAUUGCCCUGGUCAUAUCUCCACUGGUGUCACUGAUGGAAGACCAGGUCACUGGUCUCCCUCCUGGCAUUCACGGUGCUUGCCUCCACACAAACAUGACCAAAGUCCAGCGAGAACGGGUCAUCGAGAGUGUCACAGAGGGCAAAGUUCACUUCCUGUUGGUGUCUCCCGAGGCCAUUGUGGGGGGCGGGGGGACCUCAGGGUGUUUCCCAACUCCUGCUAGCCUCCCUCCUAUAUCAUUUGCCUGUAUUGAUGAGGUGCACUGUGUGUCGGAGUGGUCACACCACUUCAGGCCGUCUUAUCUCAGGCUGUGUAAGGUUUUGAAGGAGAGACUGGGAGUGCACUGUUUCCUAGGACUGACAGCUACUGCUACCUUGUCUACAGCCAGUAGUGUUGCCCAGCACCUGGGAAUAACUGAUUACAAACAGGCCACCAUCAGAGGGGCACCUGUACCACCUAACCUGACCCUGUCUGUGUCCAGGGAUGAGGAUAAGGAACAGGCCCUGAUAGACCUUUUACAAGGGGAGAGGUUUGCCAGCUUGGACUCCAUCAUCAUCUACUGCAGCAGACGACAGCAGACGGAGCGGCUAGCCACCUUGAUAAGAACCUGCCUCAAGGACAAGGCUCCUCUGGAAAGUGAAGAAAGUAAAGCUGUUGGAGAAGAUAAGAAAAAGAAAGGAAAAGGUAAAGCCACAGCCACCAAACCCAAAUCUGCAGGAGAUGCGGAGAGCUAUCAUGCUGGCAUGACUGCAGCUCAGCGAAAGCGUGUGCAGAAUGCAUUCAUGUCUGGCAGACUGCGUAUUGUCGUUGCUACAGUGGCGUUUGGAAUGGGAUUGGACAAGGCUGAUGUACGCGCUGUCAUACACUUUACCAUGCCGAAAAGUUUCGAAAGUUACGUACAGGAGAUAGGGCGUGCAGGGAGAGAUGGGAAACUGUCACACUGUCAUUUGUUCCUGGAUGCAGAGGGAGGUGAUAUGUGUGAACUGAAGAGACAUACCUAUGCUAACACAGUUGAUAGAUACACCAUCAAGAAACUGCUGAAGAAGGUGUUCACACCUUGCAUGUGUAGAGCAGUACAGGAGAGGAGACUGCAGGCACUCAAGGAGUGUGCCUUUGAAGAUGAUGGUAUUGACUAUAGCCAGCUUGAUGACACUGCUUCUACCACCACUGGGACACACCAGCCUCUGGCUGAGCAGCCAACAGAAGAGACAACCACACCAAACAAAAGCCCUGCCCCUCCUAUUAACACUGAUGGAGAACUGGGGCUUUUCUCUCCCCCCAAACCCAGCAGACUUUGCCCUGGGCAUGAGAGGGGGAUUGCUAUAGAGAAAACUGUCAUGGAUCUGGACAUGAAAGAAGAAGGUAUCUCCACUCUAUUGUGUUACCUGGAACUCCACCCUAAGAAGUGGAUAGAGAGCCUGCAGCCAGUGUAUGCCACCUGUUCACUGCAGUGUUAUGGAGGGGUCAGACAGCUACAGGCCUUGGCCAAGAAGUGUCCCCCAGUGGCAGUAGCUAUAGCCAAGUCUAAGCAGAGAGGUGACCAGCUGACCAACAGUCUAGACUUCAAUGUGGUGGAGCUCAGUGACUGUAUGGGGUGGGACUCUGGUCCAGUGAAGAGAGAACUGAAACAAUUAAUGUGGAGCAUGGACACAGCAGGCACUGGUAUUCCUCAUAAAACAGGAGUCAUGGUGGAAUUCUCGGACUUGGCAUUUCACCUCCGUUCCCCUGGCGAUUUGACCGACGCAGAGCUGGACGAGGUCCUGGACUUCCUAAAUGAACGAGUCCAGAUGCAAGAGAAGGCUGAACUGUACCAGCUGCAGAAAUUGCAUGAUGCUUUACAGAGCGUCUCCUUCAAAAACUACUACCACUGUUCAGAUGAUGUUGACAUGAAAAGAAGUGACAAGCUCAGAGCCAUGUUAACAGAUUACUUUGAAAUGAAGCCAGAGCAUUCUAGUAACAUGGGAAGAAUUAGUAAAUUAUCUUUCAGCAGAGAAUUGGAGUGUUCUACCUCAGGACCGAAUGAGGAGGACUCUUGUGAAAAUGAGGGUUAUGUUCGUGGUGAUAUUCGUGGCUUCAUCUCCCUGUAUGGUCAGGAGCACGUUCUGUCAGGAAGAACAAUAGCGCGUAUCUUUCAUGGCAUAGACAGUCCAUGUUUCCCAGUCAAGACAUGGGGCCGGGUCAGGAAAUACUGGAGGGCACACCUGGAUGUGAAUUUUAACUAUUUGAUCAAAAUGGCUACACAGGAACUUGUCAGGAUGCGAUAAUUUGGAAGUUUUUUUUUUUUUUUUCAAUAAAAGUACUUCCAAAAAUUUUUGAUCAAAUAUUCAAGGAAGAUAGAGAUUGAUUUCUUUUUCAGAAUUUAAUAAUGACAUAAAUCAGCAGUUAUGUUCCUUCUCUGAAGGAUUUUUACAUGUAAAUGAUUAUUUUUCAGAUUGCUUUGGAUAAAGUGCUUGAAAACCUAUUACCAAUAUUUUGUAUACAUGGAAUAUAUUUAUUUUUAUUACAUCAUAUUUGUGUUUAAUGAAAAUUUCUCAAAUAAAAAU